CCUGCCAUCGUACUCCCACCCCUCUGCUCUCCUGCCCCGGGGGCUGGGGGCUGUCCUGGAGGCUCAAGAGCCCAGAUAACCCUGCACAAAUAAUUAGGAAGCGAUGGGGCUUGUUAUUAAACGUAAUUUAUAAGUUCACAUAAUUAAAAUGUUAGGAAUGACUGUGUAACAGCCGACUGGCAAAGUUCUUGAAAAUUAACCGUCAGUAUCAUCCCAGCCAGCACACCACCGCCCCCAUGGCAGACUGUGGACCUGGGCGGCCCUGGCUUCCAGAAGGUCCCUCCAUGUGCCCGGGAGUGUGCACAUUUACAGGGGGCAAUUCUUGGUUUCGGGACUUUCAGGGGACACUAGGAUGAGGAAACAGGGAUGCUGCAGCGGUAGGGGUGACGGGGUCAGCGGCGGGUCUUCAUGUCCGACUCCUGACCCCAACUGCCUUGAGAUAAAGGCUAAGACCCAGAGAGCGGCCGGAUGGUGGGUCCGGACCGACGUGUCGGGCACUGGGACUUAGCGCGAGGGCAGGACACGAAUCCAGACUCCGGCGCUGGUUUCUCUGGCCAGCCCACGCCUCCUGCCUCAGCUCAACGCCACUCCCUCCCCGCCAAGUGGCUCUCCGCUCGGGAGGCGGGACCGAGUUCUUCGGUGGCCCCAGGAGGCUGCAAGCUUUGGGAGGCUGGGAGGGAGGGGAGGGAGGGGAGGGAGGGAGGGCGCUGACUGGGCAGUCCAAAGAGGAGGGGGCCUUUAAUAGGCUCGCCCAGCGCCUGGUUUGCGGCGCUGCGAGCGGAGCGGCUGCGGUUCGGCGGAGCGGCCGACACCUCCCUCUAGUUCUCGGCUGCAAAUCUUCGUCCUUGCACUUGACAGCGAUUGUACUUAAGCUCCCAGGGCGCGCUUUGCUUGGAAAGGCCAGGUAGGAGGCGCGAACUGCCCGGUGCACGCUCGCUGCUGGCGAGGAGUCUCCCUCCCCGGGCUCUCCUUUCUGGGAGCUGCGGGCGGUCCCAGGCGUCGGUGGUUCCGGUGUACGGGCUGCGAGGAGACGGUGCCGGCGGCCGGGGAGCCGGCCGAGCCCUUCCCAGAGCGCUGCUGUGCGCCGCCCGGCGCCAUGCUUCUGCUGGGCAUCUUAACGCUGGCUCUCGCCGCGGCACCCGCUGGCGGCUCAGAGCCAGAGCGAGAGGUGGUGGUCCCCAUCCGACUGGACCCGGACAUCAACGGCCGCCACUACUACUGGCGGGGUCCCCAGGACUCCGGGGACCAGGGACUCAUUUUUCAGAUCUCAGCAUUUCAGGAGGACUUUUACCUACACCUGACGCCGGAUGCUCAGUUCCUGGCGCCCGCCUUCGCCACUGAACAUCUGGGCGUCCCCCUCCAGGGACUCAUCGGGAGCUCUCCGGACUUGCGACGUUGCUUCUACUCUGGGGACGUGAAUGCCGAGCCGGACUCGUUCGCCGCCCUGAGCCUGUGCGGGGGGCUACGCGGAGCCUUUGGCUACCGAGGCGCCGAGUACGUCAUUAGCCCGCUGCCCAACGCCAGGGCGCCGGCGGCGCAGCGCAACGGCCAGCGCGCACACCUCCUGCAGCGCCGGGGCACCCCCGGCGGGCCUCCCGCAGGUCCCACGUCUCGCUGCGGGGUGGCCUCAAGCUGGAACCCCUCCAUCCUGCGGGCCCUGGACCCUUACAAGCCUCCGCGGAUCGGCUUAGGGGAGGGUCGCAGCCCGCGCAGGUCCGGGCGCGCCAAGCGCUUCGUGUCUAUCCCGCGGUACGUGGAGACGCUGGUGGUGGCGGACGAGUCGAUGGUCAAGUUCCACGGCGCGGACUUGGAGCAUUAUCUGCUGACGCUGCUGGCCACGGCGGCGCGGCUCUACCGCCAUCCCAGUAUCCUCAACCCCAUCAACAUCGUCGUGGUCAAGGUGCUGCUUCUCGGAGACCGCGACACGGGGCCCAAGGUCACGGGCAACGCGGCCUUGACGCUGCGCAACUUCUGCGCGUGGCAGAAGAAGUUGAACAAAGUGAGUGACAAGCACCCUGAGUACUGGGACACCGCCAUCCUCUUCACCCGGCAGGACCUGUGCGGGGCCACCACCUGUGACACGCUGGGCAUGGCCGACGUGGGCACCAUGUGCGACCCCAAGAGAAGCUGUUCUGUGAUCGAGGACGACGGGCUUCCCUCAGCCUUCACCACCGCCCACGAGCUGGGCCACGUGUUCAACAUGCCCCACGACAACGUGAAGGUGUGCGAGGAGGUGUCCGGGAAGCUCCGGGGCAACCACAUGAUGUCCCCGACGCUCAUCCAGAUCGACCGCGCCAACCCCUGGUCGGCCUGCAGCGCCGCCAUCGUCACCGACUUCCUGGACAGCGGGCACGGUGACUGCCUUCUGGACGAGCCCAGCAAGCCCGUGUCCCUGCCCGAGGACCUGCCGGGCGCCAGCUACCCCCUGAGCCAGCAGUGCGAGCUGGCCUUCGGCCUGGGCGCCAAGCCCUGCCCCUACAUGCAGCGCUGCAGCAAGCUGUGGUGCACGGGCAAGGCCCAGGGCCAGACGCUGUGCCAGACCCGCCACUUCCCCUGGGCCGACGGCACCAGCUGCGGGGACGGCAGCUUCUGCCUCAAGGGGGCCUGUGUGGAGAGACGCAGCCUCAGCAAGCACAGGGUGGACGGCUCCUGGGCCAAGUGGGAGCCCUACGGGCCCUGCUCGCGCACCUGCGGCGGGGGCGUGCAGCUGGCGCGGAGGCAGUGCAGUAGCCCCGCCCCCGCCAACGGCGGCAAGUACUGCGAGGGAGUGAGGGUGAAAUACCGCUCCUGCAGCCUGGAGUCCUGCCCCAGCUCAGCCUCUGGCAAGAGCUUCCGGGAGGAGCAGUGCCAGGCCUUCAACGGCUACAACCACAGCACCAACCGGCUCACCCUGGCCGUGGCCUGGGUGCCCAAGUACUCGGGCGUCUCCCCACGGGACAAGUGCAAGCUCAUCUGCCGAGCCAACGGCACCGGUUACUUCUACGUGCUGGCACCGAAGGUGGUGGACGGCACACUGUGUACCCCUGACUCCACCUCGGUCUGCGUCCAAGGCAAGUGCAUCAAGGCUGGCUGCGACGGGAACCUGGGCUCCAAGAAGAAGUUCGACAAAUGUGGGGUGUGCGGGGGAGACAAUAAGAGCUGUAAGAAGGUGUCAGGACUCUUCACCAAGCCCAUGCACGGCUACAAUUUCGUGGUCGCCAUCCCGGCGGGCGCCUCCAGCAUCGACAUCCGCCAGCGCGGCUACAAAGGGCUGAUCGGAGACGACAACUACCUGGCCCUGAAGAACAGCCAAGGCAAGUACCUGCUCAACGGGCACUUCGUGGUGUCGGCCGUGGAGCGGGACCUGGUGGUGAAGGGCAGCCUGCUGCGCUACAGCGGCACGGGCACCGCGGUGGAGAGCCUGCAGGCCUCGCGGCCCAUCCUGGAGCCCCUGACCGUGGAGGUGCUCUCCGUGGGGAAGAUGACGCCGCCCCGGGUCCGCUACUCCUUCUACCUGCCCAAGGAGCCCCGGGAGGACCGGGCCCCGCCGCCCCCGGGCCCCCGGGCCCCCUCCGUGCUCCACAACAGCGUCCUCAGCCUCUCCAAUCAGGUGGAGCAGCCGGACGCCCGGCCCCCCGCGCGCUGGGUGGCGGGCAGCUGGGGGCCGUGCUCGGCCAGCUGCGGGGGCGGCCUGCAGCGGCGGCCCGUGGACUGUCGCGGGCCCCCCGGGCAGCGCGGGGCAUCCGCCUGCGACGCCGCCCACCGGCCGGCGGACGCGCGCGCCUGUGGGGAGCCCUGCCCGGCCUGGGAGCUGGGCGCCUGGUCCCCCUGCUCCAAGAGCUGCGGCCGGGGCUUCAAGAGGCGUCCGCUCAAGUGCGUGGGCCACGGAGGGCGGCUGCUGGCCCGGGACCGGUGCAACCUGCGCCGGAAGCCCCAGGAGCUGGACUUCUGCGUCCUGAGGCCGUGCUGAGCGGAGCGCUGCGCCUCCUCACUCUCCAGCCCCUCGCGCUGCUGCCUCCGGGGCGGCCACGGGCAGAGGGCAGUGGCCGGGGCCCAAGCCACGAGGUCACCCACAUCCAGGGACAAGGACCUGGGCGGGGAAGCUAAGUCACUAAGGCACAGUCUACCUCACGCCCGGCUCCUCCGGGGCCAGCCUCGGGGUGAGGCUGAGAGGUGCUUGGAGCUGGGCAGGAGGCACCGGGCCCCGUCUCCCAGGGACCUGGAGGAUGGGCGCCUCCCCGCAGAACUUCAGGGACCUUGGCCCCCGUCAGGGAGGCCGCAGGCUGCUGGAAGAGCCAAGGCCCGGCAGCUUGGCAACUUCAGGGGGCCCCAGGGCUCUGAGCCGUCUCUGAACAAGGCAGGUUUUUAUGGUGCUUUCAGCCACUUUCUUUUCUGACCGGUGCGGACUGAACAGUGAAAACUGGCCGGGGGUGGGCAGAGCUGAGGGGCACGGGGCAGGUAUAACUGGAGCCUGGGCCGCUCCAUUUGGGAUGAGGCGUGUGGGGGACAGUCCCAAGUUCCUCAUCUUCCUUCCACCCUCGGCCGUCCCUUAAAGGGUCACCUCCUCUCCCUGUGUCGUCCGGUCUUCAGACUAGUGGGAGGGCUUCCGCAUAGGUGUCCUCUGAGGCUUUGCAGGUGGAGGUAGGCGGUCAGUAGGGAGACUGUUGUCUUCUUCAAGAGGGAUCCGACCAUCAGAAAAAAAGAUGCUGGGGUGAUGGAUUCUGUGCCCGAAGCAGGGAGUUUGAGGAGAGACCUAGAGGGUUCUGCUGUCACUGGGGCUGGGGCUGAGCUUUGCAGGAAUGUCGCCCGAGGAUGGGGAGGGGGGGCCCCAGUUCUGAUGGCUUCUUCCUCCAGGGAGCCAGAUAUAAAUAAGGCUGUUACCUUAACCCAGCAUUGCCACAGUCCUGACCCCACGAGGGGGACGUGGGACAUGCCCAGAAGGGCCAGGUGCUGAACAAACAAGCGGCCAUCAUCCAGACAGCUACGUGCGGUCUUGCCCGGGGUCUGUCACGUUGCAUCGCAGGCUGUAGUUCCUGCAGUUGGACAACGGGGUUCACUGUUUGCUACCUCAGGCUCUGCUCUCUGGGAACCCACCCUUGUCCCUCCCUGGGGCAGUGGGGACCCUGGUGCUUCCAGCAACCCCGGCUGUCAUCCCCUGUAGACUGAGCUGCCCACACACAGAGAUGAGCUUGGGUGCAUGCUUCCUGCUCCCCACAGCCCGGCCACCCCCCGGGCCUCCAAAUGCGAUGACAGGGUCUCUCUCUUCAGGUGCCAUGGGGACAGGUUUCAGGAGACACCAGGAAUCACUUAGCUGACCCAGGGGCCCUUGGCAGCCACCAGUAGGAACUGCCGGAGACUUGUCUGUCUCGGAGACACGGUAGCGGAGCGGAAACCGGAUGUUUCCUACAGCUCCAAGGGGGAUGAUGUUUUGGAGUUAGGGAUUCUUUGGCCACGCAGGGUAUUUCUUGAGGGUGCAGCUGCCCCAGCACGAAGACGGGAGAGUCUGCCUCUGAGAGCAGGUAGUGAGUCCUGGACCUCGGUGAGGUGACAGCACAGCACUGCCUUCCCUGGGAAAGGCAGUCAGCCCUUUUACUUGGUUUCCCCUGAUAGAAUCCACAAACCAGCCGACCAGCCAGGUGAGCCUGGGAUGGUGUUCUAAUCCCAGUCUGACCCUGGCUGAGCCCUGAACAAGUUCCCGCGGGGGGCGAAGGGCAGGAGGGUCUCGGAGGCUGGGCUGCAGCCACCCUUGAAGAAGGGAGCGAGGAGGAACCCCCCUCCCUGCGCGAGCGAACAGCGGGGCUGCAGGGCACAGGUGGACCCCCGCUGGCUGACGACAGCACCGCACCCUAUGCUGGGUGCAGCCCUCCUCGUUGGGGAG